AUGGUCUGCUUGCUUGCUGACUUGAGUCUGCUCCCAUGGUGUGUGAUGUUCGACAUGGCUUCCUGGGUUCGAUUUCGAGCAACGUCUCGGAAUGCAAAGGCCAUGGCCAGCCGGCACUUUGACAUGGGAGCUGUUCUGGCGCGCCAGCUGGACUGCGCCGAGGCAAGUGAAUCCGGCUCUUCUAUCUCAUUUUGGAGAAAGCUGGCGGCUUUGCGAAAGUUUUGUGAGCGCGGCGGUCGAGGCCACGGGGAAGUGAUUGAGGCGUUGCAAAAGCGGCUGCAGGACCCUGAUUGGCGAAUGCGGCAAGCUGUCCUGACGAUUCUUCCAGAAGCUGUGGAAAACUGUACUCAAGCGCAUGUGAACGCGAAGGUCAUUGAGUCGGUGGCAGCUAAGGUGGACGAUGAGUCUCUACAUGUGCGGGAGAGCGCGGUAAGCUGCUUGCCUUUACUGGCGGAGCGUGGGCACACGGCUGCUGUUUCUGCGCUAAAGUCUGCGCUGGCAGAUCCGUCCGACAUUGUGCGGCGAGCCGCGGUGAGUUCUUUGUCUCAUGUUUGUCUGGCUGCAGACUCAUCGGCCAGUCUGUUGGUACUUCGUCGUGUGGUAGACAUUGAUGCGGAAGUGCGUCGAGCUGCCCUGACCACGGCUCGACAGCUGUACCAGCUUGCCGGCUCCGAACAUCGCGCCAAUGGCUUUGCGCAGAUCGUGCAAGCAGCGCUGGCGCGGCUUCGUCAAGACGAAGUCGCUGAGGUGCGCCUUGCAGCUGUGGACACCUUGCAUGUGCUUGCUGCAGACGAGCGAGUAGAUCGGCGGCUGGUGGGGGAAUUGGUUCAAGUGGCUGGUACAAAGGAGCAGCCGCCUUGCGUGCGGGAGCGAUGCCUGGAAGUGCUGACCCCUGAGACCUCCGCUCAGUCGGCCGGAACAACGCAGGCGAAUCGGAUCCUGCAUGAGAGCUUGGCAAGCCAGCUUCCUGUCAUGGCUGAUAUUCUGCACACCAUUCUGCGCCGGGAGAAGGAGCUCAAGUUGCGAGUUGCAGCUAGUCAGUACAUGGAUCACUUCAGUCAUCCAACUUUUCAGAGUGCAGCAGAAGCCGGGUUGGUGGAUGCCGACCUGCACGUGCAAAGCUUGUGUAUGUCUGCGGUUUUGAAGAUGGGAAAGGUGUCUGAGAAGUCAAGGCGCGUUUGUGCUGCGUGGGCUUUGAAAGGCUUGAAGCACCCAACCCGGGAGAUGCGCAUGGACGCAGCUGGCAAACUCGCGUUGCUGGGUAGGACAGAUGAUGCACGACUGGAUAAGCAGAUCCUCGAAGCCCUUCUGGCUCGGUUGGAGGACGUCCCCGACGUGGCAGCAGCUGUGCUGGAUGCUUUGGCAGCCUGUGCUUCACAAGGCGACCUCGCAGUCAUCAGGUGCUUGAGUCAGAUGUUCUCCAGUGUGGAUUCGAAGGUAAGGUGUGCGGCAGCCAGAGCUUUGGGAAAGGUAGCCAAGGCUGGUGAUGAGGUGGCAUUGGCAGCUCUGCGUACAGGGCUGUUGCCACCAUUUCAUGCAGAAGUUGUUUCGGCAGCUGUGCAAGCCCUUGGCACGGUAAGCCGCCGGGGUGACCCUCCCGUCAUUGGGUUGCUUGUGGAUCUGCUGCCGCAGGUAGGGCAUGAUGAGCUGCGUGAGGCUCUCCUCGUCCUGGCUCGUUUGACCUUGCGUCGGGGUAGCGGCAUUGUUACUGCCAGUAUUCUGAGAAUUCUUGAGCAAAGCACAGCGAUUCCACUGAGAAUUCAGCUCGCAUGCGUGCAGGCUUUGCAAGCUGUUGCUCGCAAGGGUGACCCACGUUUCGUUGAAUGUCUACUCUCUUUGCUUAGAUCUGGGAAUUCACAGCUUUGUGAAACUGCAGUGGUAGCACUUGCAGAGCACGGCAAGCGGGGUGAUGCCACCAUAAUCUGCAGUUUGUUGCCGCUGGUUUCCGGCACUGGCGCUGUCCAAGACGAAGUUCGACUCCGGAUUUCAGCCAUUCGGGCCAUAGCCUUGCUUGCAAGUUCCCGGAUGGACGGUUCCAAGAAGAAGCAAAGUGAUGCCACAGCUAUUGCCGCAAUCGCAGACUGCCUCAAGGAUUCAGCGGUGAGAUCUGAGGCCGUUGAGGCCUUGUCCCAAAUGGCAGAGCCUGGGGAUCCCUUUACUGUUGCUGCUGUGACUCGUUGUCUUGGUCACGGUGAUGCCGACUGCCGCGCCAUCGCGGCCUACACGCUGGCGAAGGUUGCGAGGCCGGGUGACCAGGCCGUUGUGUCGGCGUUGCGUCGUUGCUUGGAGAGUGACACCGCGGUGGUGCAGUGCUCUGCUGCGCAGUCCUUGGGUGAGCUUUGUGGACAGGCCCAUGCUCACGCGGUAGAAGAGCUGCAGGCGCAGUUGCUGAACUCUGAUGCUAGUGUGCGCCAUGCAGCAACUGCAUCCCUGAGGAAGAUCCGUGGAAUCAAAGCGGUCCCGGUCAUUGUCCAGGCUUUGCAGGUGCAGAAGGCGCAGAAGGGUGAACCCAACGAGCCGACGCAGCCGCAAGGGCCCACUGCCAAGAGGCAGCGGACACAAAGCUCCCCGAGCCAGCGGUCCGGGUAA